AUGUCCCGCUUCCUCAAUGAACUUCUGAAGCAGCCGAACGUCAUCAUCACGUCCCGUCCAUCCGCGAAGCCUCCGCCUGCCCUGGAUCUCGAAUUGGAAACGAUUGGAUUCUACCAGAUCAAAGCCUUCACCAAUCGAGACACGGGUAAAGUUGACUUGGAAAAGACUGAAAAGGUUCAAUCAUUCCUUCAAAGCCAUUGGCUUAUCCAAGGUCUCGUGCGAAUCCCAAUUCAGCUGGAUGCGCUUUGUUACACCUGGGACGAUUUCGAUCCCGGGAGUGUGCCGGACACGAUGACUGGCAUGUACAAAGCUAUCGAGCAGAAGUUGUGGAAGAAGGAUGCCGUGCGGUUGGGCAAGACGCACAGCGGGCAACCCGUAACGGCUGCUCAGAUUGGGACCUCAGACCCGAAGUUUCUCGUCGAGGAUGAGAUCUACUUCCUUGAACGCCUUGCUUUCACCGGACUGCAUAACGAUGUAAUAGACUUUACGUCAGAGCAUCGGGGCGCUAUACCCAACAAGCUACUGCUCGAUAAGACGCUUCCACAACUCUCCUUCUUGCGCACAUCAGAUCCAUCACCAAACGUCAGGGACCGAGAAUACCACUUUACACACCUGACCUUUCAGGAGUACUUUGCGGCGCGGUGUUUCGUACGACAUUGGAAGGAUGACAGCCAGCUCGAAUAUGUCUUCAAGAAGCAGAGCAAUACCCAGUCUGAUAGCCCGACGGAUCCUGCCAAAUUCUUUCGGAAACAAAAGUACUCAGCACGCUAUGAUGUCUUUUGGCGCUUCGUUGCCGGCUUGCUUGACGCCGAAAAGGACAAUAAGACGCUCCAAUUCUUCAAGAUGAUGGAGCAAGAACCACUUGACCUUUUGGGCCCUACGCAUCAACGGCUACAAGACGAGCCAUACUUCCGCCGAGCAUCCUCACAGCCAUAG